AGCUUGUUUAUUUCUACUAUAUUGUCAGACACAACGGUGGCUUUUCCAGUUUUUAAUCGUUCCCGUUUUUGCGGUUAACACAUAUAGCUUCGUUGACGCGCGUUACCAUUACUCAGUCGCAGUUCACGCGCCAACGACGAUACAACAUGAGGAAUGCUGCGCUGCUAUUCCUGCUGGUCGGGGCGAGCUUGAGUUCGGUUCGAGGACUCGUUCAUAGUUCAGCCAAAGGAAGAAGGUUUAUCUGCCACUACACAACCUGGUCUCGAACUAGACUGCAAGAUGGAGCAGCGUACAACAUCGAGGAUAUUCCGGGAGAGUUAUGCUCCCAUGUGGUAUACAACUUUGUCGCAGUUGAUGAGAAAACAUUCGAACUGACUUCGAUGCAGCCGGAAUUUGAUUUUGGUGAAAAGGGCUUCCAGCGAUUUGCGGCAUUGAAAGAUAAAUUUCCGAACCUGAAACUGCUGGCUGCGGUUGGAGGCUGGGGGCAUGGUGGCGAGAAGUUUAGCAAAAUGACCGAGUUCCGUGAAAGGCGGGCACGGUUUGUGGCUAGUGUACAGAAGUUUCUCCAUAAGAACCGUUUCGAUGGGUUGGAGGUGGUGUGGCUGUACCCGGGCAACUUUGAACGCGGUGGCAGUUUGAACGAUAAAGACAACUUUUUCUAUCUGAUUCGGGAGCUGGCGAAAGCAUUCAAAGAUUCAGGCAAAGAAUGGGAAGUUAGUGUGCAGGUUCCGGCUGACAAGUCACGGGUGGAGGUCGGUUACCAGAUUGAUGCGCUGUGCGAGGCAGCUGAUUUCAUUCACGUCAUCGGUUAUGAUUUACGCGGUUGGUGGAAUAACUUUGCAGAUGUGCACAGUCCGAUGGCAGAUCGCCCACACGACGAGGGGAACUUCGUAGGGCUGAACGUGCAAAGUGGAGUAGAGCAGUGGUUGCAUGGAGGCUGCCCCGCAAACAAAGUUGUUUUGGGUGUGCCACUCUUCGGCAGAACGUACCUUCUAUCCAGUCCGGAAGAUAGCAGUGUGGGUGCACCGACAAUUGGAGCUGGCUCAGCUGGGGAGUACACUAACGAAGCCGGCUAUCUGGGAUAUUGCGAGAUUUGCCAAGCGCUUCCCAAUAUGACCGUUCGUUGGGAUGAUAUUGCACAGUGUCCGUUUGCGUUUAGCACCGAAGAAUGGAUCGGAUACGAAGAUGAGCGAUCGCUGAGGGCUAAAAUCGAUUGGUCCAUUAAAAAUCGUCUGGCGGGAAUAUACGCUUUCUCGCUGGAUCUAGAUGACUAUAGGGGUCACUGUGGGCAACCGUAUCCGUUAACCCGAGUGCUACACAUAUACUAUGAAGAAACGAAGAACGAAUCUCUUGUAACGUGGCCUUGAAGAUGGACCUCGGUAGGGAAAAAGUGAUUUUAUUUAUAUUGUGGAUAUAAGCGUACUGCUGUGACCAACAAGUGUGUCGAAAACUAUUUAAUUAUUCUAAAAAUAAAUAUCUAGCCAAAAGCGCCAAAUGAGAAAAGAAAAAACAAAAAGUAUUUUUUCCGCUUUAGCUACUGACUGGGUCCGUCUGCAUAUCCACAGCACUACGCCAAAUGGAAGUAAUCUAAGCAGCGUUUAGGGUGCCGAUGUAGGGAGCUAACGAUGAAACUAUUUUUUUGUAAUGUUCCGAGAUUGGCUGCUCUAAAAAGAAUAUGGAAGCUCUAUAUAUAAAAUUAUGCAAUUAUAUUGUGAUUAUAAGUAGAUAUUAGCUUAUUUUAGAAACAACGGUGACAAAUACAUGGCAAUAAUACAGGGGGUGUCAUCCCAGUCAUCCGCUAUGUAGAUAUACAAACUUUGACAGUAGUAAACAUAUGAUGGGUCUAUUUGCUUUUAGGCUCAUGUCGCCCAUGUUAUUGCAUUGGGUUGUUUUGAUUUUAACAAAGGCAAAUGUUGGCUAGGCAAAAAUGGUAGCCUAGCAGGAGCCUGCUAUAAUACCUAUGAUAGUGUGUAACUGGCGUGAAACACAAAGAUAUACACUGCGUCAACUAUGCCAAUGUGAGCGAUUGAAAGAGUCAUUGAUUAUAGGUUAAUUAAAAUUUUAUACUAAUCAUCUACAGAAACGUAGCGAAAGAAAUUGAACGUUAAUAACUCCCGUUGCACGGAAUGGAAUGAUUCAACCUCUAUACGAUUUGGUUGGAAACAGUAACAACAAUCUUGAAUUCAAUAGAUGGUACGUCUACUUAGGGCCAUGUAUAAAUGAUUUACGCAUGGCCCUGAUUUACGAUAAAUCGGGAUCGGAAAAAGUUACAUUGUAAAUAAUCUAUCCUUUUUUGGCAUUAUAUUAUAUUUUUGCCAAUGUAAUGAGGUAAUGUUAAAAUUGAUUCCAACUUAUCGCAUUUUCUUUUUUGACAGUGCAUUACACUGGUGUAGUCGGCGCAACAAUCAUUCAAACUUGGAUGUAAAAGCAAGAAAAUUUAAAGUAAAUGAACACGUUAUACAAAUAGAUUAGAUUGGUCUUCUCCAAUUUUUUUGACAUUAUUGAUAUUUAUUAAUAUAAGUGAUCAGUUUUAAUAAUGGGAUCAUAAAUAUAUAAAAGUUCUAUAACAGGGGCGGCGAAACACUUUACGCCCGAGUGGGUAGAAAGCAUAGGGUGAGGGGUCCAUUAGUAAGGAUUGUUUCCCUUUUCGCAAUGCACACACUUACAUUACAUUCACAUUAAAUCACGUUCAUUUAUGAAAAUGGAAUUGUGGUACAUCGACGUUUUCAAAUGUGUGUAGUGCGAGAUACAUGCGUUGUGCAUCUAAAUUUUUUGAAAUGGUUCAAAAUUUCGAGUGGGUAAUUACCCAAUCGGUUAUUUUCGAGUGGGUAGUACUAUCCACGCUUUCCGCCGGCCCUGUCUAUAACACAUUUAAACUGAACUCAGCACCCUAAAAUUAGUUAUACUUGUGAUUUUUAACCAAAUUAAGCAACAUUUUCGGUUUUGUCCAAAUUGUGUUCAAAGACCCGCCACUGUGCACCAGAGGACAUAUCGUCGCUGUUGUGCUAUCUUAUGACAAACGCCAUUUUGGGGUAAACUGAGUUAGAUAUGCCACAUUACUUGUUUGAAAAAUCUCUACAAAGUGGCGUUUUCAGAAUUUUGAAAUUCUACUUGGUUACUUAGAUAUAGCGAGAAACAUGAUGAGAAAUUGUGAGUUUUUUGCUUUAAAUCACUGUAUCUAGGGAUUUGCUUAAUUUAUAUUGAAGUUUUAGACGUUUUUAUGUGUGAAAAUGUCUGAGGAACACAAUGGCAUAAACAUUUUCAAAAGAAAAUUACACGAGUUGUGAGAAAAACACAGUUUUAGUUUUAAACUGGAAAUAAAGCAUAUUUGGCAACAAUGUAAUCAAAAAUAAUAUUUUUUUCUAGAUUCCCUGACUCAUUUCCUUCAAAAUGCAUUUCACCGAUUGUUUAUAGACCAUAUGAACGCAAAGAUAUGAAUAAAAGUUAAAAAUUUAUGAUUUGUUUCUAUGGAAAAUUUUCCAUGCACGAUUAUGACACGUCAUACAAAUUUUGUCAUCAAUACACGCCUAUGACACGUGUGAGUGCGACUUUUGUUUACAUUCAUAGUAAAAACUCGCAACAUAGUCAACCGAUCUUCGUAAUAUUUGAGAGAUUAGUGCAGAAUAGAUAGAAGCAUCAAUUGUCUUCUUUGGAUUGUUUAUACCAUUUAUAAGUUUCAAGAUAUUCAAUCUCAAACUUUAAAAAUCGUUUUUCUCGAAAUGUGCUAAAUGACGCUUGUCAUAAGAUAACACAACAGCGACGAUAUGAAACUUUGUGCGUAAAGAGCACAAAACCAAUUUGUGUUCUGUUCCAGUUCUAGCUAAUUCCUGUCACUAAGUUAGUGUCGGAUUCUGAUGAGAGGAACUCAAAACGCCUCUCCAAUAACUAAUUUAAGUGUUAAAAACUUGAGUUCAGGUUGCGGAUUAGGUUCAGUGUACUUUGUUUCCAAGGGUGAGGUUAGAAUUUUGUGACGAAAUUCCACAAGGAUUAAGUUCUUUUCAGGCUGGAAAUGUACUAUGCGCUACUUCCGAGAGGCACUACACUACACCCAAACUUGGCCGCAAUACCUAUAAGGUAAUAAGAAAAUAUGCCCUAAUAACAAGACGGUUAAUACUAAAACGGUCCCAACAAAAAAAUUCCCUAGAGAGCAAUAUCAACACAUUCAAAGCAUCUCUGGGUCGCACUCAUGUUUCAUCAAUUCUCAUGCAAUAAAUAUUAACGUGUCGGAUUGUCUAGAAGUGUGUGGCAUUUCGCUUGUCAUUGUAUUGCGCAUCAAGCAAAGCGAUCACAAUGUGGAUAAAGAUGGGCUUCGAUUUCCUUUACACGACACAUUUCGUAUUUGAAGAUCGGCUCACAUUCGGCCAGCUUCAAAGUACAGUCAGAAAAAAACUGAGGUAUUUCGGUCGGCCGGCUAAAUUGAAAUUUCUUUUCUAUCAAUGACGUCAACAGCAAGGUAGUGACUUCUCAAAACAUGAACAGUCCUUCCCGUCAUGUACGGGAAGCAAGACCUAUGGUUUGGACCCACGUAUCCGAACCGAGGAUCCGGAUCAAGACAUUUGUCUGGGUCUAAGCUCCAAGUCUGGAUCUAAGCUCCAAGUCGGAAUCAGGCCCGGACCUGGUAAGGUCCGGAUAUUGUAUCUUUCGAUGACUAAUAAUUAAUCGAACGAGGUCGUGGAAUUAAUCCCUGUCCUACAGCGGAAUUACAUACGCAGCAAAAAAUACAAAAAUUAACUUAAGCAUAUUCCAUAAUAUCGCAGAAAAACUAUUCGUGUAAUUAUGUUUCACGAAUAAACUUAUGCUAAAUAUCAUGCACAUAAAAUGAACUUUGAAAAUUAUGCAAAUCUGUAUGUUCCUAUGGAAAUUUACAAUAUUCUGCUGGAGACUAUUCAUUCAACUUACAGCGAACAUAUCUUAUUUUUUACACGAUUUUAUACGAAACGGUGUUGAGCAGAGAGAAAACUAACUGCAUUAUACACACAUGCAUGAGCCACAGCUGAAUGCGCUUGGAUCGUUCACGCUCAAGCGAAACUUAUGUACGCCACUUUGCAGUCACGUUGUUAUGAGUCGCUUUAACUCAGUCCGUAUGGGGGUGUCUUUGGCGAGCCAAUGAUUGUCGGUUCGAAUCUUGGUAUUGAUUAACGGGAAUUCUUUUUUGGUGUCGAUAUGAUCACCAACACAUACGUAUGUUAUUUAUAGCAACUUUGUGGCCAAUGUAAAAUUACUGACACGCAUAAUUUUACACUAUUGAUCGCAUUCCCUUUAUGUGCAGUAUAGUUAGCAGAAUUUUACAGGAUUUUUAUCUGCGAUCAUUACAUGUGUGUGUGUGUGUGUGUGUUAACCAUUCUAACUCCCACUAGCUGGUAGUGAUUUACAGAAAAAAGAUGUUUGCAUGUAUUUUAAUAUAUACAUGCAAAUAACUUGGUUCAAGGAUUUAGGUAGGUGUUAGCUCAAUUGACUUUCCGAUGACCCAUUUCGUGUACAGCGCCAGACAUGUUCCGAGGUCAUCGUUCCAUCAACCAGCCCCGCCUUACUGUAAUGUUUGUAUCAAAUGGAUUAUAACAUUACAAUAGGACUUUCGAUUCCUUACAUGAGAUAAGAAAUCGACGCGUAUUUAGUGUAUUUAUUUGAUUUUUGUAUAUAUAAAUUAGAAUAUGUCUGUAGAAAAAUAUACCAGUUUUUCUAUUUCCUUCCUCAUCUCCUACUUACGCGAGUGACUGAUACUUGCUUAUCAAUUUUUCGUCCCAUUCCAAACCUUCUCCAGAUAUCCUCAAAAUCUCUAGCUUCUUUCUCACGCAUCAAACAGCCCGAGCAAUCCUUUCUCUUUCUCACGUUUGCAAGUACAGCGCAAUUUAUCAACAGUAGUAUGCAUGCAGCAGAUACAGAAGACUAGUCCAGGACUAUCGCAAGCUGCACUGCUCCGUCCAUGUCCCCCACCCAUGCAGAGCAUUAAUCAGUUUGGCACCUAUAUACUGUGUUUUGCCAAACUGAUCAAACCAAUUGGGAUAUCUGGCGUUUGAAGUACGCACAUUACGGGCCUUUACACGCGCAAUAAAAGUGUCAUUACUAAGUAGUGUCAUUACUAGAAUUGUAUGGGAAUUCCGUCAUUACUCACCUUACACGAUCAUUAAAAGUGACAUUACUGCUCAGUAAGGACACUACUAGCGCCUCGUGUGGGGUGCCCUAUUGAGAUUUCGCAUUUCAGUACUAUCGCCCUCUUCUUAAUCCCAGAAGCGGUUCGUUUGCUUCCCAAGUUAACGUCAGAAUGGCACAAUACCAACGCAGCUGGUUAAGUUGGAAAGUCCAAGGACGCCCCACAAGAGCGAAAAAACAGAGAAAACUAUACAAACCGCGAUAAUCCCAAUACAGUUCUCUGCAUCUACUAUGCAUACGCACUUUUCAGUCGGUUCGUCCAUCUCGAUUUCGCAAUAGCUCUUCUCAUUCUCUCAGCCGCUGCAACAGCAUUUAUACGAAAGUGCAGAGUGACGAAUGCGGAGGUAUAUUCUCUCGCCCCACUUGUAUGCUCAACUGAAGCUGCUUCUGCGGGGAUGCAAAAACCUUCGGAAAACGCUUCGUGAAUCCGUUUCCUCCAGUGUAUGAUGAUCGACUGUCCGACGGUCCUUUUGAACACUUUCCGGCGAAUAAACGCGUACUAUACGACCCGAAAACCAGCAAUUUAUGGGAGAAUUUUCACUUCACACACGAUGAAGCAAACCUCCGCGGCGGUUCUAUAGGUUAGUUUACAUUCCGGAUACAAAAACACUUCUCUUUUUAUCUGCGAUCAUUACAUAUCCCGAAAAUCGAUUCUUUUAAAAUUUUAACAAAUAGUUUGAAAUUUUAUGCAUUCGCAUUAUGCGAAACAUGGUUUUCUGCAGAAAAAGAUCUCAAUUUUCAUAAGUGCAUUCCGUAUUUCCUGGAGAAAAUAUGGAAAUUUUUGUGUGUCAUAUCUCUAAGAUCAUACAAGCUUACCUUAGUUUAGAUCCCCUCGCAUCGCUCCAUUCCUGGUAAUGAGGUGGUGGACUAUAGCUAAGACGUGUGCUUUAGAAGAUGGCAUUUACGAAAGACUAAACUGUUUCAAUGAAUUUUUCAAUAUCUCUUAUCAGAGAACGCUAGAAAGUUAACAGACAUCGUGGAGCAAUGGAGAGUUGGGACGAUGGAUAUAUUCUAUCAUCCCGAUUGUAUCAACGAAACCUUGGUUUAGAGGAAUGUUUGUGGGACACGUAUUCAACAUCAAACUUUUUAGAAUUUGUAACAUUCACUGUUAAUGCAAUGGACAAUGGCAACAAUGUGGAAACUCUCUACAUAGACUUUAUUAAAACAUUCGACCGUCUUGACAUACCUUUAUUACUCUUCAAACUGCGAAAAUAUGGCAUGGAAAAUAAACUCUUGAAAUGGCUCGAAACAUAUUCAACGAAACGCGAACAAACAGUUCGAUUUCAGAAUAUACUCUCUGAAUCAAUUCGUGUCACCUCUGGCGUUACCCAGGGUUCCCACUUACACCCUCUUCUUUUUAUUUUGUACGUAAAUGACAUUACCUUUAUACUCAAACACCUAAAAGAGCUUUAAUAUGCAGACGACAUGAGACUUUUCAUGGAAAUAAGAAAUGUUAAAGACGCUGAAGUAUUCCAAAACGAAAUCAACCUAUUCCAGCAAAAGUCUACUCCAACUUAACGUAAAAAAAUGGAACACAAUAACCUUCAGCAGAAAAACCUCAAAUAUCGCCAUAGACAUACACUUAGGAAACCAACUAGUAGAAAAAUACAAAAUUGUACGAGACUUAGGCGUAACCUUAGACUCCAAGCUCACAUUUGUGGAACAUUACAAUACAAUAAUAAAUAAAACAACUUGUAUGCUGUGCUUUAUUAAACGCUUCAGCUAUAAUUUUGAAGAUCCCUACACAAUUAAUGUCAGGCCAAUUUUGGAAUAUUGCAGCGUAGUAUGGAACCCAUACACUGUCCUGUACGAAGAACGCAUCGAAUCAGUCCAAAAACAAUUUCUUUUGUACGCACUUCGUAAACUAAACUGGACGACAUUUCUUCUUCCAUUGUAUAAAGCAAUGCUCAUUAACAUACAAACACUCAAAGAACGCUGCUAAUUUACCAUGCUUUGCUUUAUCAACGACAUUAUUUCUCAACGUGUACAAUCCGCAUCAUUACUUUCGCAAAUAAAAUUUUAUGUGCCUAGCCGUCAACUAAGAACUCGUAAUUUAUUCCAGGAACAAUAUUUUAGGACAAACUUUGCUAAAAAUAGCUCCAUCAAUAGAAUGAUGCGUCAUUAUAAUAAAAAUUGUGCAAUAAUCGACCUUUCCAUGUCCAGAAAACAAAUUAAAUUUGAACUUAAUCGUAG